GGAGAUUGUGAGUGCGAAAGAGAAGAACAAAUACAAGUUCGCACCAGCUGCGUUGCCUCUGGAGUUCAGUUCCUUUUUUGAAGAAUGCUUCGAAACGGACCGAGAGCUCCCAGAAUGCCUCCAGUUGCGGCUAAUCCACCUUUUGGGGGCUAUUCUCUCUGGAUCCAAGCAAAACGCUCUCCAGAUGACCACCCCAUCGGUGGUUGAGGGGCUGAUGCUGGUCCUCAGGAGGUGGUGCCUUCCGGCCAGUGGUCCCACCAAGGACCCCCAGUUGCUGCAGAUGACCCUCAAGAGCGUGGUGUCCAUGGUGCACGUCCUCCACACCAGCAGCCCCGGCCAACGAGCCGUGGAGAUCCGAGCCAUCUUGGAGAGCUUCUUCAAGGUCCUGAACGCCGACCAACCCUUGGCCUCGCUGGAAGGAUCGCCUGGGCCUCACUGGGAGGAGAAGUUGAUCACCCUGCGGGUGAACAUGCUGG